AACCACUCAUUGACCCGCUCUUCAUAUCAGCUGUAGCUGGGGCCAUCAUAACAGUGCCAAAUUUGUGCGAACAUCCGUGCUAACAGAAUGAAGAUGCUUAUCUCAGGAGAUCCGUUAAAUCUCGAGGGAGAAGGAAAGUGAUAACCACUUCGGACGCAAUUUCCUCAUGGAGCCUUUUCUGUUCAGAACCCGUCGGGAUGAAGAGGGUGAUAACUCUAACGCGAAGGACGUACUUGGUAAUGUCAUCCAUUGAAAUGGCUGAGGACAAUGGUGCUCAGAUUAUAAACACCUGAACUCAUGUGGUCCAAGCUGAUGAGUCACUUCAGCGGUCAUAUGUGCCCGACAUUUUCCUUGCAAACAACUUAUCGAGCUAGUCGCCGUUACCAGUUGGCCUGGAGGAAAACAUCGUUCGCUGCCGUUUACAGAUUGUUUACCGUUUUCGGUGUACUCGAAGUGUACGUCCGUUGCCCUCAGGGGAUCUGGACUUCAAUUAUAACAAUACCGAACAUUUUUCAUCAGAGGAAGUCAAAGGAUCUAUUGAUUACUAAUCACAAGUGGAGAAAAAGUGUAGAAAAGACAGUUUCCGUUCCAGCCGACCUUUCAUCGAUGCUUUUGGAACCAUUAUCUGAUAGUUCCAAUUUCGAUUGGCUGGAAGCAGAAUUAUGGCCCACGCAUGAACUUGACACAGUCCAAGAUAUUUUGACGGCAUUCUUUGGCUCCUCUGUCUCAACUCUGCAUCCAAAGAUAGAAGGUAGUGACCAAAUGAUGAUGCUUACAAAGAGGACAGAUGUUCAGCCGGCAGAUUUGGUGACCAAAUCUAACUGAUUGAGUACUGUCUCGAUGACCAUCAAAUGAUACGGUGCGGAUUUCACACUAUCUAGGAUAUUUUUGAGACCUAAAUAUUGUGGUGUGCUGUUUCAGAAGUCAACUAUCUUGACAUUUGUUUCGUGUGCAGAAACUGACAGGUGCUGAAGAAAUGAUCGUCUUUCUGGGACAGGUACUAGAAGCCCAAUAGCAAAUCAAUAACCAGCAGAUAUCUAAGUGGUACGUCAUGACUCAAUUCACCGUAGUCACUUUUCUAAAAUAUCUUUAGUAGGAGGCAUACUUUACAGCACUCUGAGAUUUAGCACUUAGAGCAAAAUCUAUACGUUGCUUAUCAGUUGUAAUGGCAAAAGACAUUCUCCAGUUGUAGAUAAACUUUGUGAAGACAGAUCACAUUUUUAUCUAUGGUCAUCCUGGUCUGUGUCGAACUCCUGUGACUCAACACAAGAAGUCGUUGAUCCGAAAUCAGCCAAGAAUUUUUUUACGUUUGUCUUAGAGUUCACAAAGAGUCAAGAAUGCAUAUGGAGUUCCUUCAGAGCCAAUUGAUAACAGCGACUGAGGAUGACAUAAGAGGACAAAAAGAAAAUUCACGAAGUGAAGAAAAUGGUAAUCAGAGACGAAACAGACUUGAAAAUACCAAAGAACUGAGUUCUACGCUGGAGAUUCUUCGUGUUUUACGCUUUUAAUUUAAAAGCGUAAAACACGAAGAAUCUCCAGCAAGUCUAAGUACGAAGCUGAAGACCAAGCAACCGAAACCGCCGGAUACAGAAAGAGUAGGAGUUCAAAUCCAAGCCGAAAGCAGCAUACAUCAGAAAAAUAAGGCUUCUGACGACAUAUCAAACAGACACUUGGUAGACCAACUAAGCCCUGAAGAGGAAAGCAUUGAGAUGGGUCCAAAUUGACAGUUCACAGAGAGGUGAGGCAGAAAACAGAUAGAGCUGUCUAGGGAAGAAAGCCCGACAGUCGCAGUUUUUAGUGCUCUUUCGUAUACUCCAGUAGUGCGUGAUCAACCUCGCAACAACUUGCGCAUACCUAUUAAAGUGGAUUUGCUGCUUGUUCCUUCUGUGGGUGAGCAGUUUAGGUUUAUCAAUUUGAUUGCAUAAUUCUGUCAAUCCGAGUGCCUCCGACAGAGCUUUAGAUUUCGGCUGAUGUUUCUCAACAGUAGGAUUGCCGGCGAAAGCUUACAUUAUCGGUUAUUCCUAUUAUUUGAACUCUUGUCUGAAAUUAUUCUCAGAGCCAUUACAUAGAGCAAGACAUAGAGAAUAGCCGAGAGUCAUAUUUAUAAGUAGUAUAUAACGCAGCUGAGGAAGAUUAACAAGCCUAAUUUCUUGGUCAUCAUGUAGCUUUACUGUUGGAACAAGUUCUUAAAUCCUGACCUAGAGUCACC